AUGCAACCAAUUGCAGGCGGAGACAGAGGUCGCCAGAACCAGGUGCCAUGGAAUAUAGUACAGCCAUACCUAGAAUCAACCAUCUUGCUCAUCGGAAAGGUCCUGCGACAGCCUGCUCUGCGCGAGAUCCUUCAGCAGAACUCUGUUGGACUAAGCACUGCCCCUCACGACGCAACCACCCACAAGAACCAAACCACUGUCACGGCAUACAAGGAUCGCACAGUCACUGUUAAACUAAAGGACAAUGGGAUGAUCCAGCGACACCGGACGCGCCCAGCGUCGUGGACCAAACAACAUAUCGAAACCGCAGUACGCACCAAUUCGGUCAUGACACCAAUCAAGGUCGACGCAGCACACCGACUCAAGAGCGGCGACAUACAGAUUGUCGCCAACACGACAGCGGAGGCCAAGAUGCUCAAGGAAAACCAAGGAUGGAUCAGAAACCUAGGAGAAAAUGCAGAACCCAUCGUGCCAACCUACGGAGUAAUAGUUCACGGCAUCCCAACCAACUCUCUCAACAUCAAGGACCAAGAAACCACCAUCCAGCAGAUGCUAGCAGACAACCACACAGUCUUUCCAAGUGCCAAUAUCUCCUACAUCGGAUGGCUCACAAAAGAAGCCCAUCUCAAGCGCGCAUCGUUGAUUGUGGUUGAAUUUAUAGAACCCGAGAUGGCAAAUGCCAUCAUUUACACCGGAAUGGUAUGGGAUGGCCAAAUUCACCAAUGCCAACUUUAUGACCGCGCCUACCGAGUGAAGCAAUGCUUUCGCUGCUAUAGCUACGGCCAUAUUAGCACUCAAUGCAACGCAUCCAGAACUUGUGGCUAUUGUGCUGAGCAACAUGAGUUAAAACACUGCCCGCGGAAGGAGAGUGGAAUAAGCCAAGGAAUUCCGCGACAUCUACUGGCAUGUGCCACUGAAGGAGACAUCGGCGCAAUCCGGAAUCACCAACACAAAGACACUCCCGGCAACGACACAAAUGAUACUAACGACAUCAGAGGCACCGUUAGCAACAAGCACCGUGCCCCAGCCCCGGCACCGGCCCCAGCUCCUCCCCGUCUCAUCACCAGGCGCUCGGCAAACGCCUCGAUGCCGAUAGUGGUGGAAGCGGACUCACCACCGGAAGUGCAGUCCCAGCAAGCACAAACGGCCACCACAAGCCAGGCAGCACCAGAAACAAUCACAGCACCGACACCACUGAACCCAACAGUGGAAGACAGUUGGGCGACGCCAGAGCUUCCGGUCGAAUUUACUGUGCAACCUACGAUCGACCCACAGCUCACGACCACAGAAGAGCCUGCCGCAGCCACACCUAUGGCGUAUCCAGAGGAAGGAGUGCUCGGUUUCUCAACACAGGAGGCAGACAACUGGCUGCAACGAAUUGGUCUCAACAACAACUGGUUAGACGAGGCUCAAGAGGAUGAUUCCUCCCCACUCACAUCCGCGGUGACAGACACUCGCACGGCCCAAGAGAAUGCGGAGUUGACGGUCUCUCGGUGUAUGAAGAUAUGCGUCUACUGCGGAAAGGGUUUCGAAAUUGCCGCAGAACUACGCAAGCACAUGCGAAGGAGAUACACCACGCGAAACAUCUCGGUGACCAUGGAGACUCGGGCUCCUCACAGUGCCGGGCACCAUAUUCAAAAGAUGCUCCGCAACGCGCAUCGUCAGAGAGUGGAGGAGACCUCAGCCAACCAAUCCGGCCUGUGGAAGCUCGUCAAGUGGGCUAAGAAUCGACACGCUCCCUCAUCAGCCUGCACACCGUCUCUAGUUACGCCAGAUGGUGGGCUGGCCGAAAGGCCAGAAGAAAAGGCUGAGGUGCUCCGCCAGUCAUUCUUCCCACCUCCCUCACAGGCCGACUUGGCCGACAUCGAAGGGUACCAAUACCCUGCACCGAUCGAAUGCCCUGCCAUCACUAUAUCAGAAAUCGAGAAAACAGUUAAGUCUGCAGCUCCGAACAAGGCCCCAGGCGUCUAUAAGAUCACUAACUAUGUCCUACAUGAAACGCUUAACAUUUUCAUGCCUUGCCUUCACAAACUUUUUAAUACUUAUUUGGAACAGGGCUACUGCCCUGCUCACUUCAAAGCAACAGUCACAGUGGUCCUGCGGAAACCAGGCAAAGAGGACUACUCGCAGCCAAAAUCAUAUCGUUCAAUUGCUCUUCUCAACACAUUGGGAAAAGUGCUGGACGGUGUGAUUGCAAACCGACUGGCGUAUUUAGCUGAUACCUUCCAACUACUGCCAUCCCCGUCUUGCAAGUACCUAUGUGUCCACAUGGACACUAGAUUGCGAUGGGACUAUCACCGAGAAAAACUAGAGGCGGGGGCCACCGCGCGUCUGUCUGCUCUCUCGGCCUUGGCAUCCUCUUCAUGGGGCACGGGGCUAAUGAACCUCCGACAAGUAUACCGGGCCGUGAUUGUGCCGCAGAUGCUCAACGGUCGCUCCUGGCCUCCAGCUCGGCGGCAUCAGCACGAAGCGGACCAGUAUAUGGGCACCUCCGACGUAUCCACAGUAUACGCGGCCGAGCUCCGUGGACUGGUUCUGGCUCUGCAGCUGGUUCUCGACGUGCACAAGGCAGGGGCCACUCCUGGCCGGUGUGCCAUAUUCACCGACAACCAGGCGGCAUUUCAGGUCGUCCUAAACCCGAAGUGUCCAUCUGGCCAGUAUAUCCUCAUUGAGGCCGUACAGGUUUUAGAUGAACUUCGGAACCAAAAAUGGAACCUCCAUUACCGUUGGAUCCCCGAUUACCGUUGGAUCCCCGCACCUAUAAAAAAUAAAACCUACCUAGUUAGUUCUAAUAUUAGGCGUAUCUACCCUAUAGUAUAUAUAAUUAUUCUUAGUAUUUAA